AUGAGUGCCGACGUUGAAAGAAUCAGGCUGGGCUUCUUGAAUCUCCACGAACUUUGGGCAAACACAAUCGAAGUUGCUCUUGCCAGUUUGCUAGUCGAGCGUCAGAUCGGGGCGGCGUGUGUCGCACCCUUGAUCAUAGUUUUCUGCUGCGUUGUCCUUGCUGCAUUUGUGAACCGGUAUACUGGUGCAAGACAAAAGGCAUGGAUGGCAAAAAUACAGAAAAGAGUGGGGCUCACCGCGAAGGUGAUUUCGGAUAUGAAAUAUCUCAAGAUCUCUGGGCUUUCUAGCCCAGUGCAAGAGCUGAUUCAAGACAUGCGGACUGACGAGCUGAAAGCUGCAUCCCGCUUUCGACUGGUCUAUGUCAUCGUUGCCACGCUGGGCUACGUACCACUGGCUCUCUCGCCCGUGAUAACAUUUGCAGUCACAGCUCGCACCCUGGACGUUAGCAGAAUAUUUACGUCGGCCUCUUAUCUUCUACUAUUGGCUGAUCCCCUUGGGUAUCUAUUUCAGAACAUUCCCAAUCUUCUGGCGGCCCUUACCUGCGUCGACAGAAUUCAAGAGUUUCUGGAGAAGGAACCGCGGGUGGACUUCCGGUUGCCUUUUGAAGCGGGUAUUGAGGAGAAGGAUUGGAAGACUGAGGGCCCAACCGGAAAGUUUGACGCAGUCAUGACCAUCUUCAAUGGAAGCUUUGGAUGGGAGCCCGACAAAAUGGCCCUAAAGAACGUUGACCUCCACAUCCCAAGGUCUCACCUCACGAUGGUCGUUGGACCGGUCGCGUCAGGCAAGUCUACUCUAUGCAAAGUCUUGCUAGGUGAGGUGCCUUACUACCAUGGGAAAGUCCUGAUCGACGGUGGGAUAUCGUCUCAAUCUGUGGGAUAUUGUGAUCAGGCACCCUACCUGUCUAACACUACUAUCCGAGCAAAUAUUCUUGGGUUCGCUGCUUAUAACCAAAGAAGAUACAAAGAGGUCAUAGACGCGACCAUGCUCAAGAUGGACCUGUCCACACUCCCUAAAGGGGAUGAAACGGUGAUCGGCAGUAAUGGGAUUAGUUUGAGUGGAGGGCAGAAGCAACGAUUAUCGAUGGCUCGAGCUCUAUAUCUUAAUUCAAACUUGCUCAUAUUUGAUGAUGUGCUCAAGGGACUUGAUGCUGAUACGGAAGAGCAAGUCUUCCACCGCGUGUUUGGCCCCGGAGGUCUAUUGCGUCGCAGGCGUGCCACGGCGGUUUUAAGUACCCAUUCUGUUCGACAUCUACCACAAGCGGAUCACAUAGUGGCCUUGGGAGCAGAUGGCUGUGUCGUUGAGCAAGGCACAUUUUCGAGCCUAUUUUCCAACCCAAAAUACGUCAAAAGCCUUGGGGUAAAAUUCUCGGAUGUGAAGAAUGCGUGUAUAGACGACACGGCCACUGAGGAGGAGGAUGACCUAGGACGAUCGAAAGCGGAGUUUAAGACGGCGACUCGAACCGAGACUCCUAGUUCCAUGAACAAAAAGGCGAGAAUGCAUGGUGACCCAGCAAUCUAUCGUCAUUAUUUGGCGAGUAUUGGAAAGCGAUUUAUUGUUGUAUUCAUUGUGUUUGGACUUGGUUGGGGCUUUUUCUACAACUGGGGCACAAUUUGGCUGCAGUAUUGGUCCAACGAUGUAUCUGGGUCUCGGCUUCACAAGGCAGCGUUAGGCACAGUCAUUAAUGCGCCUCUAAAAUUCUUCACGACUACGGAUACCGGCCAGGUCACCAAUUUGUUCUCCCAAGACAUGACUUUGGUCGAUAGCGAGCUCCCUAUUGCGGUCACUAAUCUUGCUCUGGACAUAUCAAAUGCUACUGGCAUGGCAGCCGUCAUAGCGACAUCUUCACCAUAUCUCCUUAUUUCGUACCCAUUUAUCUUCGCCAUCCUGUACGGGAUUCAGAAAUUCUACCUCCGAACAGCGCGUCAACUUCGACUCCUAGACCUCGAGAGCAAAAGUCCACUUUAG